UUUUGCACUAGCCCCGGCUCCUUCCCUCUAUAAAGGCAGCCCGCCUUCCGUUGUCUCCACCAGGCCUCCUCGAAUCUCUACGAACCUUUGUGUCAACUACUUGGAGACUCUAACCACCGCUUCAACUCACCAUGGACCCCAACUGCUCCUGCGCCACUGGCGACUCCUGCAGCUGCGCUGUCUCCUGCAAAUGCAAAGAGUGCAAAUGCACCUCCUGCAAGAAAAGCUGCUGCUCCUGCUGCCCCGUGGGCUGUGCCAAAUGCGCCCAGGGCUGCAUCUGCAAAGGGGCAUCGGACAAGUGCAGCUGCUGUGCCUAAGGGUGGGGAGAGCCCUGCUCCCAGAUGUAAAUAGAGCAACAUGUACAAACACAGCUUUUUUCCAUACAAACCUGACCCAUUUGCCAUAUUCCAUUUUCUAUGAAAUAUGUGAAUAACAAUAAAAUCAUU